UUACAUAGAAGCGCAGGGCUCCUCUCCCGAAACUGACACGGUUAAUUUGACGGGCACGUCGAAACUCUAAUCGAAACCAAUUUAAUUCCUUAUUUCAGUCACUCAUUACAUCAUUUCACCUAUAUGUCGUCUUUUUCACUUCUCAUUGUUCCAUUCAUCUAUCAACAUGAAAUCCUAUUCGUGACGUUGACAGUUACAAAGUGUUGUGACUCAACCGUAAAGCUAAUUGUGAGUUAGCUAACUUAGCACAGUUGAUGUUUUCAAUUAGACAUGUCAAGUAAGGUUUGUCUUUGACACAUACAUAUACGUAUACUGUGGAUACAUUUUCUUGCAUUUCAUGUUGUUAAUCCAACUGUUGAUUUAACUAAAAGAGCUAAGUCACACCUGCCAAUAUCCUAUAUAUAGCGUAUCUUUGGAGCUAGCUCCCUUUUGAAGUAGCUGAAGCAUCGUUUAUUGUUCAUCUUGGGUUCUAAUCAAACAAAAUCAACAUAAUACCGACACGAAGUUGUGUCACUUUCCACUCAGAAGUAAUGAUGUCCACAAAUAAAGAGACAACUGGGACAAUAAGAGAUGACAUUCAAGUGAAGACAUUACCAAUCCCAGCCAAGUGUGGCCCCAUACCUUCUUCAGGUGUUUCCAAGGUGGACGUGGUCGCCACUGGUCCUGUCCACCAAGUUAACGCCUCCUCAGUUCAGUCCCCUCAGACGUCCUCCCCCACCGUCAUGGUGGUGACCAAGGUGUCCAAGCCAGGUGGGAUCAGUGCCAACCAUUUAACCAAAGCAGCUCUGAGCCAAGCCAGCUCCACUCAGGGAAGGACGGUGGUCAUAACUGUGCCAAGGUCAGCAGGGCCACCGAUGGCUGUGGCGUCUCGACCGGCUCAGACUCCACUCCCCGCCAACAUCCAGAUCCCGCCAGGUAUGAUGCUGAUCCGCAGUGACAGUGGUCAGCUGAUGCUGAUGUCUCAGCAGGCUUUGGCACAGGCUCAGCAGGGAGUGAGAAGCGGCAACAGCGAGCCAGCAGGAAUACUGACCCCCCAGGUGUGUAUGUGUGAGGCUUCAACAGCAGCCGCAAGUCAAAGCAAAGAGAAGGUGACGGUGAUCCGGAUGACGGCUCCUCCUGCUUUCCAGCCAGCAGCACCGGUUCAGAAGACUGCGGUGGUGAAGGUGAUUGGCGUGGCUCCCAAACCAGCUGUGGUUCAGACCUGCAGCCUUGUGCAACCAGUUGCCAUGGAAACCAAGAAAGAGCCCCCACCUACAUUUAGCCAAGAGACCCUGGAGAGUGUGAAGAAGUGCAAGAAUUUCCUUGUUACCCUGAUGAAGCUGGCGUCCAGUGACUCCAACCCUGCCAACAUGGCCAAUAACGUGCGAGGCCUGGUCAGGAGUCUGCUGGAAGGCAAGCUGGAGGUGGAGGAGUUCACAGAGGCGCUCUAUCAGGAGCUCAAGUCCACGCCACAGCCGUGCUUGGUGCCUUUUCUCAAGAAAAGUCUUCCAGCAGUGCGUUGCCUCACCUCGGACCCCCAGUUAUUCAUCCAGCAGGCCUCAUCCUCUUGCAACCUUGCUGUGAAGAAGCCCAGUAUGGACACAGUACUAAGUCCAAGACCAGCCCAGCAGCUGUCGAGUGGAGCAACGAGUCUGAGACCUGGGUUCAGCAUGUUGGCCCAGUCCAGAACAGUCACCUCCAAGAGCAUCAGGCCCACUUCCACAGCCAAAAUCACCCUGGUCCAAACAGGAAAAGACAUCACAGGAGCUUUCCAACUGAAGCAGCCUUUUGUCCGAGAUCCGCCCUGCACCCCCAGACUUGCAUUCAGGGACACUUCAGCAUCUUACAAAGAAGAUGACGAUAUUAACGAUGUGGCGUCCAUGGCAGGAGUCAACCUGAGAGAGGAGAACGCUCAGAACCUGACCAGCACGGUCGGCUCUGUGGUCCAGUCCUGUCAGGACCAGCUCUUCCUGUCUCCUAGCCCUGUGCUCAGCAGAAUCCUCCACGCGGGACGGGAGCUAGGGGUAACUGAAGUGGGCCCGGAGGUGGUGUCAAUGGUCUCUCAUGCCACCCAGGAGUGUCUCCGUGGGAUCCUGGAGAAGCUCACUGUGAUGGCAGAACUCCGCAAGUCAGCACUCAAGGAGGACUUGUGGCACGCCAAAGUGAGCGACGUGCGCUCUCAGCUGCGUUUCCUGGAGGAAGUGGAAAGUUUGAAGAAGAAGAGGAAAGACGAGGAGGAGAGGGAGACGCUGCUGCGCUUGGCCAGGAGUCGCUCCCACACCGAAGACCCUCUGCACCAGCAGCUCAAGCAACGAGCCAAAGAGUUGCAACAAAUAGAAGAAGCUCAGCUGCAGCAGCGCGAGGCAAACAUCACCGCUCUGGCCGCCAUCGGUCCACGUAAGAAGAGACCGCUCACCCAGAUGGAAGGACAGGUGUCCCUGCUGCCCAGACAGGGCUUUCAGCACGUGACUCGGGUCAUCUUGCGUGACCUGCUGGUGUGCAUGGAGCAGGACAACUUUCUGCGUCACUCCCUCAUUUUGUACAAAGCAAUGCUCUGAUAACCUGUCGGCUCCUCCCACUAGUUGGUCAAAUAUGAAUAAUACGGAUCAGUGUUUAUAUUAAGUAAUUUUUGUUCUUUAAUAUAUUUUGUUAUUUAUGCAGAUGCUGCUAUGAAUAGAGCACUUCAUUUUGGGGGAGAAGUUUUCCUUACUUAACUUACUAAGUUGUAAAAGAGUUGCAAGUGUUCUUACAUUUGUUUGUUUGUCCGUCACAUUA